AUGCCCUGUAAUCCCAGACUAGCACGCAAGAUGGCGCAAAGUCAACCAGGCGCUCCUGUACAAAGGCUACUCUCUACACUGUCUCACCAGAACAGUCGCAUUCACGUCGUUCGGGCCUGUGAGCCUUGUCGGUCUCGGAAGAUCAGGUGUAACGGGAGCCACCCCUGCCAGAAAUGUGAACAGCAUCACCGUCAAUGUUUGUAUCGGACAGGGAGAGCCAGAAGGAAGAGAGACUCUUCGCGCAAAGAGAACCCAAGACCAGUCAGUUCACGUCCACUUGAAGCUCCCAGCCGGAUUCUUGGCGCCACAGACGUGGUGGUGCCUCCUCCUCCUCCUCCUCCUCCACCACCUCCGCCCCAGCCGCAAGUGUUUAGUGACCUGGUUCAAUUCAAAUUGCACCAGGCCCUACGCGUUGGAAUUGGGGUAUCCAACCAGGCCACGGGGUCAUUUCAAUUUUAUGGCCCUUCGUCACACUUUUGCUUCAUUCAAAGGAUCUAUGAGCGAGUGAAGAGGAACUUCCACCCCAGUGAAGCGCUCCGGCGGAGCUCGACUGUCCCCGAGGCCUUGGAAAAAUGGGGCCUGGAGAGGUUUAUGUUUUCGAGGGGAACCACCAGCGAAAAUGCCCCUUCGUCCCAGACCGAUGCUUAUUUCCCCCGCGAUACGGGCACUUUGUUUAUUGAAGCCUACUUCCGCAUCAUGCAUCCUCAAAUGCCCCUGUUAGCCUACUCGGAGAUCAUGGACACCUGGACCAAGCUGUGGGACGCUCCUCAGCCAGGGAAGGUCCAGAGAGACAAGGACCUGCUAUACAUGGUCCUCGCGAUUGGCGCCCGUGUGUCAAGCUACAAAGGAAAGCAGACCGUCGACUGGGUUGAUCUGUGGGCCGAGCACUUCUCUACCAAGGCAAACAACUUUGCUAUGUACUUCCAAGAACCGAGUUUGAAGGGCACUCACUUCAUGCUUCUGAAGGCUAUGUACGCGCUUCAAAUCAUGAGGCCCAAUGAGGCAUAUCUGUAUUUUGGGUACGCCGCUCGCAAUGUCCUGGCUCUGGGCAUUAAUCGAUCACAGGUGACGGAUGGCCAUAAUUUGAGCAUGCACCGGCUCCGAGUCACGUUCUGGACCAUCUUUGCCAAUGAGAAGAUCUCGGCCCUCUUCAUUGGCCGCCCGUCCAGUCUGUGUGAAGAUCAGGUCGACACCGCCUGUCCAGAGGAUAUUUUCCUACAGAGCAUUGCCAGCGCCGAGAUCGACAAGCCCGAGUACCUGCGCCCCACGGUCGAGUGCGCUUGGAUCCGGGCCGUGGCCAAGAUCGGCCGGGUGGCCGACAAAGUGUCGAUCGCCACGUACUCCCCGAACUGUAUGCGAGAGAUCUCGGACGUGUCGAAAACCGAGACGCUCCUGCUGGAGUGCGAUGCGAGGUUGAAGUCGAUCGCGCAGUCGCUCCCGUCGUAUCUUCAUUUCUACGACCGCGAUCUGCCCAUCGGAGAGAGCUGGCAGGAGGUGCAGCGCAUCAGCCUGGGGAUGAUCUACUACCUGACGUGCAUGCUCAUGCACCGCCCCAGCCUGAUGUACGCCACCUUCUUCAACUCGACGGCCGAGGCCGAGAGCAACGCCACGGGACCCGUCAAGAUCCGGGAGUCAAUCGCCGCCUCGAUCAACGCCGCCCGCGGCCUGAUUGACCUCGCCCACGACGUCUACUACCGCCGGUUCCCGGAUAUCCGGUCCGACGGCACGAUGGCCACCUUCCUCGCCUCCGCCUGCAUCACCCUUCUCUACGAUGUCUUGGACCCGCGCACGGCGCAGGAGGACGCCCGGGCGACAUUUGCGACGGUGGAGCGUGGGAUCCAGUGCCUGGACGAGAUCCAGCACGUGGGGCCCCUGACCGGCAAAGUCAUCAGUACCGACAUCAUGAAAAUGGCCAAGGAGGCACUGGUUUCCAUGGGCGAUUUCUUUGGCACCGACUUGGAUCUGUUCGACGCUUUUCCAUGGUUACUCACUAGCGAUGCGGACAACCCACCUGUAGAGCCGGUAUCGUUGGAGUCCGCCAGACUUGCGAGCCCGGCGAAGCAAGGGAUCUCGAAUCCAAGCCCCAUAAACCUCGACGUGCCUGUCUCGAGCGGGAGCGAUAUUGAUCUAUACGGUAAUGCCCCGAACACGAACUACCAGUCUUACUGGGUGGCCAAUGGGUUCGACACGCAGAACGUCCCCGAGAGUCUGUUUUGACGACUCCCAGCAGCUCUUCCGCCGCUACAUCUUGAGGAAUAAUCCGAGGGCGUUGAUCUUAUCCAGCUAGUCUUGUCGUGUUUUGACAAUCAGUCAAUCGGGUACAAUAGACCUUCUCGGCCACAGUUCUGCCCCACAGUGUUCAUGUGUGAUUUCGCCACUUUCGUACCAUGAGUAUCAAAGGGUGUAAAAGAAGGGCUGUGCAGUACAGAGCAGUCUAAGGGACUAACUUGUGAUAGUUCUACUCCAGCUCUUGCUGGGAGGAGAUUGCAUAUGUUUCUCAAAACUUGAUUAAAAGUUUGGAUCUUCAUUUUCUGUUAUGGUUUAACUUACUUUGGAUCGAAUGCUCUCAACAAAUACUGUUGGCGGCCCUCACCGCCCCCUCCCCCCGGGUGGUUCUUAGCCCAUUCCUCAGAUAGCCUUCUGUAACCUAAAUUCAUCCAUCAUCCCAG